AUGGCGAAACCAUCCCUGGCGAAGAAUCUCCAAUUCGAGAAACAAAACAAGGACAUGAUCAAGCUCCCCAAACACGCCCGAGUCCAAAAACGCCCUAUCCCACACGCCCCCGUCGCAUCACCGUACGCCGGCCCCUCCGUCCCGAAAAUCGUCUACGUCUCGACCAAAUCCCCCUUCAUGAGCGCCGUCAAGCGCGUGCAGAAACUCCUGCGGCAGGCCGAGAAGCGCGCCACGGCGUCGGUCAACCUGGCGAGCAGCAAGCGGACGGAGCAGCAGAAGUUGGCGCAGCUGGCGCGCGGGCAGGAGCAGCUGAGCAAGGAGGAGGUGUUUGUCAAGGCGACGGGGCGGGCGAUUGAGAAGGCGCUGAGCGUGGGCCGGUGGUUUGAAGAGCGCGAGGCCGAGUAUGCGGUUCGCGUGAAGACGGGGAGUGUGUUGGUUGUGGACGAUAUUGUGGAGGAUGAGGAGGCGAAGCAGAAGGUGAUCGAGGAGGCGGAGAGAGCGCGCGAGCAGCAGGAGCAAGCGCUGCCGGAGUCGAGAGACGGCGAGAAACCUGUCGCGUCUGCUGAGUAUACCGCACAGCAUGCUUCGACGCCUGCGUCUGCGGAGAAAGAGACACAGCAGCAGCAGCAGCAGAAGAAGAGGAAGCGCGCUGCGAAUGCCCCGACUGAAGACGAGGAGCUGCCCGAGACCCGGACGCGAUGGGUCAAUAUGGUUGAGGUCGCGAUCUCGCUCAAGUGA